AAUACAUAAGACCAGGUAAGAGGCAGAAGGAAAUCUCAUCUGCAGAGCAAGAAAUCCUCAGCAAGUUGUAUACAUACAAUGGAGAUAAUAAUAAGUUGCCAAAAGAAGCUGUUGAAGAAGCAUACACAGCAUUAUAUCAGAUUGACAGUUCAUGGACCAAGAAAAAGGUUGGAGAUUGUUGGUAUGACAAUGUAAAAAGAGUUAGACAAAAGAAAGAAAAGGAUAGGAAAUCAUCAGCUUCAUAA